AUGGAUACAGCUUUCAGGCAGAAGAGUUUUGCUUCCGAGGUCGAGUCGGUCGUGCCUGCCUACGACUUGGUUUCUGUGGUCAUCCUUGCUGUACCUUGGUGCACUGGCACCAUCAUUGGACUCGCUGCGAGAGCUAUCGAGAAAACACCAAUCUGGUUUGACUAUCCGAAUCUUCUGACAGAGACACAAGUCAAUAGUGGACUGGUUAUGCCAUUCGUGCUUCGCUCUUUGCUCGGCCAAGGUGCCACGACUGGUCUUUUGGUGCUUAUCUUCAUGGCUAUCACUUCUACGGUAUCAUCUUCCGUGAUCGCUGUCUCGAGUAUCAUAUCACUCGAUUUCUACCGGUCAUAUAUCAACCCUAAGGCUUCUGAUCGCAAGGUUCUGAAAGUUAGCCACUAUGGUGUUGUUGGCCAUGGCUGCUUCAUGGCAGGCUUUGCAAUCAUGUUGCAGCAUGCUGGAGCAACAAACAAUUGGUCGACAUACUCUAGACCCAUCGUGGCCUGUCCUGGCAUAUUCCCUCUCAUGCUGACUUUACUCUGGUCACGUCAAACAAAAGCAGCCGCCAUCUUGUCACCAGUCCUAGGCUUGAUAUCAGGUGUUGCGACUUGGCUGAGUUUAUCCUAUGUUUGGGGAGGAAAGAUUGAUAUCCAGACAACUCAACAACAACUACCUGGUCUCUACGGAGCGACCGUGUCAUUCUUCUCGCCUGCAUUAUUCUCCGUCGUCAUCUCUCUUGUACGACCGAGCAGAUUUGACUGGAGAGAGUUCUUGAGGAUUGAUUUGAUUGAAGAUAGCACUCAGCCCAACACACCUUCACUCCAAGAAAGCAAAGAGGAUAUCACUAACCUUGACCAGUCAGCUAAGACUGUUCCACCGGUCAUCGGCGAAAAAGACCAGAGUUCUAUUGAUGCAGAAGCAAAGAGUGGACUCGUCAGCCCUGCCACAUCAUUCUCGACCAAUAGUGGUAGCCUCGACGAUAUCACUCACCCCUUCAAUGACCAAACCAUCCGCCACGUCAAGAAGUGGAGAAACUAUGCCGCCGGAUAUUUUGUUCUCAAUCUACUCGUCACGGUGGUUCUCUGGCCGGUACCCUUGUAUCGAGACUGGAUUUUUACACUAUCCUUCUUCAAAGGCUGGGUGACUAUGGCGAUCAUCUGGCACUUUGCCGCCAUGAUGGCUGUGAUUUUAUACCCAAUAUGGGACGGAAGAUAUGUCAUCAGCACAGUACUCAGAGGAAUAAGCAAAGAACGAAGAAGUAAAAGGCAAUAA